AUGGCAGCCAGCCCGCCUGCUGGCUGCAGCACUUCUCAUGACGGCAAGUUCCAGGUUUCCAUCUACUCUCGUGGUGAGGCAAAGCGUAGCGUUGAGAAGCGAGCCUGCGAGGGCGAAGGCACUUUGGUCAUGACUCUCAAGGACGGCGUUUUGAAGGAUUCCCACGACAGAACCGGUUACAUUGCCUCCAACUAUCAGUUCCAGUUUGACGGCCCUCCUCAAGCCAACGCCCUCAAAUCCUCGGGGUUUUCGCUUUGCCAGAACGGCUCUCUUGCUCUUGACGGUACUACUGAGUUUUACCGAUGCCUCUCUGGCAACUUCUACAACCUUUAUGACCGCCACUGGGCUGAACAGUGCUCUCCCAUCGACAUUGUUGCUACAUCCUGCGAUGGCGGCAACAACGGCGGUAGUGGUGGCAAGCCUGUUGGCACUAGUAUGGUGCAGACUACUGUCGUCAAUGUCAUCGGUGAUGGUCAGCCUCAGGUCCAUACCACUGUCGUUCCCAUUCCCAUGUGCCAGAUUGGCGAUGGCCAGGUUCAGGUCCGCACAACUCCUUGUGCCUCAGUCCCUCAGGCCCCCACGAAGACCGCGGCUCCUCCUGCACCGCCUGUUAGUCAAAUCUCGGAUGGACAGAUUCAGGGUCCUCCCAAGACAGCCGCACCUCCCCCUCCUGUUAGCCAGAUCUCGGACGGCCAGCCUCAAGCUCCCACACAUACCGAGGCUCCCCCUCCACCCGUCAGCCAGAUCUCAGAUGGACAGCCUCAAGCUCCUACGCACACCCAGGCUCCUCCACCACCCGUUACCCAGAUCUCGGAUGGACAGCCCCAGGCUCCCACGAACGCUACUACCAAGGCUCCUACUGCCGUACCUACUGCCGCUGCCAAUAAGUCUUUCCCUGGCGUCGCUGCCGCCGUUUGUGCCCUAUUCGGUGCCGUUCUUUACCUGUAA